AUGGAAAGAUAUUACAAAUGUGUUGUACUGUUUUUGGGGUUGGUUAUAAUUCCACAAUCAUGCUUGUGUGCUAAUUCAAAUGUCCCUUGCAUACAACAAGAGGUACAAGCUCUUCUUGAUUUCAAAGCGUCCAUUGCACAACACUCAUCAAACAAACUUUCAUCGUGGAAAGGCUCUCACUGUUGCCAAUGGGAAGGCAUUGGCUGUGACAAUGUCACUGGACAUGUUGUCAAACUUGAUCUCAGAAAUCCUUGUUACCCACCAAAUUGGCGGCAACACUACCUUCAAUAUAUUCCCUGUUUGCAAGUAAUUGCUCCAAAUGUCAGCUCGUCUUUGCUACAAUUAGAACACUUGACUUAUUUGGACUUGACUGGAAAUGAUUUUGGUGAGAGUUUAAUUCCUAUGUUCAUCGGUUCCAUGGGACGCCUUGAGCACCUCUCUCUCUCAGACGCUGAACUUAGCGGAAACAUUCCCAACAGUUUCGGAAAUCUUAAAAGCCUACAAUUUCUUGAUAUCAGCUCUAAUGACAAUUUCAGUUACUCAUUUCAAAUAAGAGAAGACAUCAGUUGGAUAUCUAAACUUCAUUCACUCAAACACCUUGACUUGAGUUCUGUUCCCAUCAAUGACCCACACUACUUGUUUCAGGUACUCAAUUUACUUCCAUCCUUGUCGCAUCUUUCCUUGUAUGAUUGCCAACUUGACAAUUCACUCAUACCUCAUUAUGCUUUUCAAAACAUGACAAAUCUUGUCUAUCUAGAUCUCUCAUUUAAUAAUAUGCUUUCUGGUCCAAUUCCUGAGGUUUUUCAAAACAUGACUUCCAUUGAAUCACUCUAUCUUUCUCGAAACAAUAUCAAUUCUAUUCCAUUAUGGUUUAGUGAAUUAGACAAACUUACCCUUCUUGACCUUUCUGGCAAUGGGCUUCGUGGUCAAAUACCUUCUUAUGCUUUCACAAACUUGUCAUCACUUGUGCAUCUUGAUCUCUCCUAUAACCAACUUGAUUCAGUUUCGUCAUUGUCAUUUGGCAACCUAAAAAAGUUUGUGUAUCUUGAUCUUUCAUUCAAUGAGUUCUAUGGUCCAAUUCCUGAGGUUUUUCAAAACAUGACUUCCAUUGAAUCACUCCAUCUUUCUGGAAACCAUUUCACAUUAGUUCCAUCUUGGUUUUGCAACUUUCAAAAACUUACAUAUCUUGAUCUUUCUAUGAAUGGCAUCCAUGGUCCAAUUCCUGAAGGUCUUCGAAACUUGACUUCCAUUAAAGUCCUAGACCUUAGGGAUAAUAGUUUAACUUCAAUUCCAUCGUGGUUUGUUGAGUUGAAGAGACUUGUGUACCUAGAUCUUAGUUGGAAUCAAAUUACACUUCAAGAGCUACACAUAUUCAUCCAUAUUGGGUCAAGAGCUACACACAAGUGA